AUGUUGCGCGUAGGCCGCAUCGUCAGCCACAUCAAUGCGGGACUCUCUCCCCAACCGACGUCCAGCGACUCACCAGUCGUGGCGGAUCUGAAGGCCAAGAUUGCCAAGCUGGCGAAGGAGAAGACCGCGUUGAAAGCAGACUUGCUGAAGAACCACGGCGACCGGAAGAUUCAGGACCUCACAGUCGAGAUGGCCAUCAACGGCGCGCGGGCUGUCAAGUGCAUGGUCACGGAGACCUCCGACCUGGACGCCAACACCGGGAUCAGCUACCGGCACCUUUCCCUGUACGAUGUGAACAAGGAGCUACCGAAGGCCCCAGGUGGCAAGUGCGCCCUUCCCGAGGGUGCCUUCUGGCUUCUGCUGACUGGGGAAGUCCCCACCGAGCUGGAAGUGAAGGGCUUGACGGAAGAGUUGCACAAGCGCGCAACAAUCCCACCGAAUGUGAUGGCAACGAUUGACUCGCUGCCCAUCGAGACGCACCCGAUGACGCAGCUUUCCGUCAGCAUGCUGGCGUUGCAGAAGGACUCCAAGUUUAUGCAGAAGUACAAUGCUGGCAUGAAGAAGGACGAGUACUGGCAGUACGCACUGGAGGACGCCUUGGACCUGAUCGCCAAGAUCCCGAUCGUGGCGGCGAAGAUCUACCGCCGCACAUUCAAGGACGGCGUCGUCCCGGAGUACAACCCCAAGUUGGACUGGGCCGCGAAUUUUGCGCAGAUGCUGGGCAUCAACCCGGACGAGGGCUUCAACGAGUGCACGCGGCUUUACUUGAUGCUGCACGCCGACCACGAGGGUGGCAACGUCUCAGCCCAUGCCACGCACCUCGUAGGAUCUGCUCUGAGCGAUCCUUACUAUGCCUGGGCUGCCGGACUAUGCGGACUCGCGGGACCUCUGCACGGCUUGGCCAACCAGGAAUGCCUCGGCUGGCUCCUGGACGUGCAGAAGCAGCUGGGUGGGCAAAAGCCUACGAAGGAGUUGCUCACCGAGUUUGCAAACAAGACCCUGAAGGAGGGCAAGGUCAUCCCCGGCUUCGGCCAUGCUGUCCUUCGCAACACGGACCCGCGAUACAUGCUGGAGCGGGAGUUUGCUCUGGAGCACUGCCAAGAGGACCCGCUCUUCCAGCUGGUGGAUGCUUGCUACCAAGCCAUCCCGAAGGUCUUAGAGAAGCAGGGCAAGGUCAAGAACCCCUUCCCGAAUGUCGAUGCGCACAGUGGCCAGUUGAUGCACUUCUACAAUCUCAAGGAGCAGAAUUUCUACACGGUGGUCUUCGCCGUGUCGCGGACGCUCGGCGUGAUGGCUCAGUACGUUUGGUCCCGGGCUAUCGGUCUUCCUAUUGAGCGCCCCAAGUCUUUGCCCUUGGAUGAACUCGACCGACUCCAGAAGAAGCAUUGGUUCCAGAAGAAGGGAGCCCAGGAGUCUUCCGACCAGCAGUAA